GAACAACAACGUGAUGCAAUAAAUUUUCAGAUUGAAAAUGCUGAAAAUGACCAAAAGCUUACCGCCAAGAUCAACGGCCACGAUCCCGCGAGAACAUCGUUAACACUUAGCACAACAAUAGCCUGAGCAUCUUCCCACCCCUUGCCGCCAAAGGAUCUCAGAGUCGAGAUGGCGAACGAGACCGAAGCUGCUGCUGCUGCUGCUGCGCAGGCUAUCAACGGCCAAGGGGAGGCGUACGUUAUCUCCUCCGCCGUUGACGAGUCGGAGCUCGUCAGCGACGCCGUCCGUUCAUUGCCGCCGCACGCGGUGAAGGACUUGUUGUCCAUCGGGGUAUGCAUCAGGUGCAUCUUUCGACUUUUUGGUGCUUCUGAAAUUGUUCAUUCUUGCGCCAUGCUUUUGACGUCGGCCUUGUCUGCCACUGUUGAAAAGCUAAUGGGUUUAGAGAGACAGAUGGAGCAUAAGGAUCACGGAUCAAAGGAAAAUCCAUGUAGUCAACAGUCUUCUGAAGGAUCAGAGGUGGAGCCAAAGCUCUGUAAAAUUUGUUUGGGUAUUUUGCAGUUUGUUUACCGGGACAACAGAGAGAUGCUUGUGAAAAGGGCUUGUCCCUAUGACUUUGCUGUAUUUAUCACCGAAUUGGUAAAACAGAAGAGGCAUCAGAUUGAUAACUUUUCUCUUGAGGUCUCGAUUCCAUCUAGUGUCGUGGAAAAUGAACAAGCAGUCUGGCUAUAUAUGAAAAGGAAGUACGAUUCUGAACUUUGGUUUCAAGAAAAGUUUCGUGCUGACCGCCUCUCUGCAAAAGAUUUCUUGAAAUUGUCUAUCACCAAUCCUCUUGAAACAUUGUUGGAUACUAAAUAUAAUUUAACCAGCCCUUUACGCAUACGUUUGACAUAUACCCACUCUGAAGUGGCAAUAAAAGUUCAAAAGCACGUGGAGAAGAAAGAAGGCAACAAGAGAAUUAAAACAGGUGCUGAUGACAUGGACACCAGGGGUGGUAAUGAGAUUGCUGGCAGGGAGUACUCUAAUUUUGUGACCAGUGAAGAAUAUGUUAGUACAAGUUUAUGUAAUGUGUUGGACAACAAUGACUCUCCUGAUCUUUCUCAAUUCGAGGUGGAAAAGGUCAGUCAACCUUGCUCCUUGACAUUCCUAUGCUAUAGGACUCCUGUGUAUAUUGGUGGGAGAUACCUGAAGUAUUCACGAAAUGUGAGCCAGACUAGAUGGAUUAUUGAUGAUGAAAGGAUGGGAGAAGCAUCUGUUGAGGAGAUAAUCGGUAGCAACAUCCUUCCUAUAUGUCAGGGUGACAAUUACAAGUUUCAUGCUGCUGGUAGAGAGGACAUUGAUGUCCGCAUGUUGGGAUCAGGUCGUCCUUUUUUGAUCGAGGUACAAAAUGCACGGCGUGUUCCGUCGGAAAUGUUGAUUAAAGAAAUUGAAAGGAAAAUAAAUAGCAUGGAAAAUAAUCUGGUGAAAGUUAAAAAUGUCAAGGUGGUGGGUAGCCAGGGGUGGAGCCUAAUGCGUGAAGGAGAAGCUGAGAAGCAGAAGCAGUAUGCUGCCCUUGUUUGGAUUUCACGCUCACUUGAGGAUGAUGACUUGAAGACUGUAUCUUCAGUUAUGGACAUGCCGAUUUUGCAGAGAACGCCGAUUAGGGUACUUCAUCGCCGAAGUCCUUUGGAGCGUGAAAAGAUUAUACAUUGGAUGAAAGUUGAGAAGAUUGCUGGAAGUUCUCAAUAUUUUCUCCUACAUUUAUGCACCCAGGCUGGGACAUACGUCAAGGAAUUUGUUCACGGGGAUCUUGGACGCACCCAUCCCAGCAUUGGUUCAAUUCUUGGAUGCAGAGCAGAGAUACUGCAACUUGAUGUCACUGAUGUGAAAAUGGAUUGCUUCUAAACCGAAUGAGGCUAUUGAUUAUGCCUUACCUUUGACAUGAUGUUCAAAAAUCCAAGCAUGCCAGUUAUAGUCUUGGACGUCAAUUUCCUCUACUUUAGAAUAUAUGUCACAUUGUCACUUCUCAAUACUGUUAUCCAACAUAGGUUUUUCUCUUCCCUUUCGUAUUUCUCAUUUAAUUCGACUCUAAAGCCCCAGAGGAGGAUUUCAUUUGCCUUACAGAACGUUGUACUUCUAAAUCCAAAGCUCACACAUUUGCAAUUUUUUAGAUACAAUAACAAACAUCGUAUAAAUCCA